CAAUCCGCAUUCAAAAACCUUCCAAUAACGCAUUAAAAUUUAAAUCCCCUCUCUUGACUCUUUACCAAAAAUUAUACUCGCAACGUUCGUUCUCCUCUCUUCUACGUUUCUGUUACUGUUGUUUAUCUAAUUCCUCAGUGUUGAAGCUGUGUCGAGAGUAGAAUGGUGGGGAAAGGUGGAAAGGGGCUCGUGGCAGGGAAGACAAUGGCAGCUGCAGCAGCUAACAAGGACAAGGACAAGAAGCGGCCUAUUUCACGGUCAGCUCGUGCUGGCCUCCAGUUUCCUGUGGGAAGGAUUCAUCGGCACCUCAAGUCGAGAACCAAUGCCAAUGGGAGAGUUGGAGCCACAGCAGCUGUCUACUCUGCUGCAAUUCUCGAGUAUUUAACUGCUGAAGUGCUUGAGUUGGCUGGAAAUGCGAGCAAAGAUCUUAAAGUGAAGAGGAUAACGCCUAGGCACUUGCAGCUGGCAAUUCGGGGAGACGAGGAGCUCGACACCCUCAUCAAGGGAACCAUAGCCGGUGGUGGUGUGAUUCCCCACAUUCACAAAUCCCUCAUCAACAAAACCACCAAGGAAUGAAUUAGUAGAGACCAUUUAAUUGAUCCACAUUGAUGCUUUUGUGACAAUGCUUCCAUUUAAUUUAGGUUUGUAUGCUAGGAAUUAGAUUUCAAGAACAACCAUUUGAACUGUUUGAUUUGAUCAUUGGAAUGUAGUUUGUGUCUAACGUUAA